CUUGCGUACAGGCUGUCUCUCCCUCUCUCAAUAUAGCUGUCUCCCCAAUGUCAAGACGUCGGCAUACUGCGUUCGGUGUGAGCUUCCCUGACGAGAUUGAGGCCUCUGCUUCAAGUCCAAGCCUGCUCGUGCAGCCGCAGGAUCCGACACUGGCACUAGUACAGUCCACCGCGUCCUCGCGUGGUGCCAAGCGGAGACGCAUUGAUGCGUCUGCGGUAGAACAUGUCGAUAAAAGAUUGCGAAGGGAUACUGUACUCGAGAACAGGGUAGGCGGGCCACCGGUUCGUAAGCUAUCAUACCAACCUCAUCCCGAUGAAAUCCAAGAAAACGAGGACACUAUCGUGCAAGGAGAGGACGCGGAUGACUACUUGGACGAGGAGGCAAAGCCGGUGCGGAUACUCUCGGACUUCGCAAUCUUCGACCCCAGGCACGGUCGGGGAUUUGAGCUCGUCUCUCUUGAGCUGCUGCAUGCUAAUGCUGGAACGGAUCAUCACUUUGAGGCCGCGGGCAACGUCUCGCCGGUAUAUCUGAACGAGGAGGAUGCAGGCCAGGAGGAUAUAGUCGACAAUGCUAAGAAGGCGGACCUGCAACGCUUGCGUACGAGCGCGAUCUUCCGGUAUUUCAUUGACUAUCAAGCCGUGGACGAUCCUAUCUACGUAGAGACGCAAUAUGGGUGGUAUAUCUUGAAGUCUCCCACAGCGUUGUACAGGAACAUUCACCGAAGAUUCUACACCCCACAUCGCAUCGCGCAGAUUGUGAUAUCUGUUGCCCUGGAAGGGCUCGUGACAUCAUAUGCGGAAUUUACAGAACUCUACCUUGGGCGAUGGGAUGACCUUCUCAAUGACCACGUGCAAACGGAGGAUUUGGCUCGCUCAGUCGCGCUAGUGAAGAGCAUUCUUGAUGACGAUCCAGCUCUGCGGACCAAGGUGACCUCGCGGCCCUUCGUGCAACAUAUUUUCGAUUCACUGGACGAGCAACACAUUCCUUACCCUGUCCACCACAUGACCCUGCCUGUGGGUUCACGUGCAAGCCGUCCGCGACCAUUCUUUCAGCCGAACAAGGUUACAGGCAACCUCGAUCUUGCCGUCCUCCGCCCAGAAAAUCAGAACCCGACGCAUGUAACACCGCUCAUCGACACGCUUGCUCUUGGCCUGUUCCGCGAGCACUUGAAAGUGGUCGGGGCUGCCCCCAAACGUCUGACUGGACAUGAACUCCGGCAGCGGCAGCUGAAGGUACGGGGGCGUAUUGGGGACUUGAUCAUGCGUCGUAUAGACAACCAGUCUACAAUUGAAUUUCCGCAAGGGGAGCGCCUCGAUGGUCAAUACUGGAAGGCUGUGAAGAUAGGCCAGGAAGUAUACAAGCUCGGUGACUGCGUCAUCGUCCUAGCUGGCAAGCACAAACAUCGGCCUGCACCCAAUAUACCUCAAGACUUGAAUGAGAUACCAGAGCAUGCGUCUGUUGGCGAGUAUUUCUGGUUCGCAAGGAUUAUUUACAUUGACCAGAGGGAGAAGGAGGCGCAUGUUCAGUUCUAUGAGCACUCCUCGAAGACGUACCUCGAGGAGAUCUCAAACCCUCAGGAACUGUUCCUUUGCCCGCAGUACUGCGGGACAAUCGCCCUGCGGGAUGUCUUGGGUAAGGCUGUCGUCUGCAAUGACCACCGGCCUGGAAAGGGGGAGGAUUUAGACCCGCUUCACUUCUUCUGCCGCUUCAUGUAUGACGAAGUCGACGGCUCUUUCAAAGAUGUGGACACGAGCGACGGAGAUGCACUUGAUCCGCCCGACAAUUGCCCUGCCUGUCUCCUUUCUACCCAACGUGAAAGUGAUUUGGUGCCCACCAUUGUCAAAGGCGGCAUGAGCUAUCUUGGGAGCACUUACCAUCAUGAUGAUUAUGCACUGAUUGCCAACACCAAACAAAAGAAAGCUCCUGCAUUGGUUGGGAUGAUUAUACGUAUACGACCUAGAAGACAGGACGAUGAAAUUCAAGGCACCAUCCUGGUCACGGUCAGGCUCCUCGGUCGCAUAGCGGAUUUGCUCUCUGAGCCAUCAUUCGCCGCCCCUGCCGACGCGUUUGCACAUGAGCGAGAGCUCUUCAUGACAGGUCUCGAGAUGGAUGUCAGUGGCAACGACCUGAUCAAGCGAUGCAGCGUGCUGCACCACUCAUCAAGAACGCAUAUGGAUGCCUGGCUCGCCCGUUCACCGUUCCACUUCUUUGUGCGCUACGCGUCGCAGUCCCUCGAACCCAAGACUUGGAACGGGCUUACAGAGCUUUCUCGGAAGAAGAAGGUUCCCGUCUGCCAAGUGUGCUUUCAGGAAGACGAAGUGCGAGCGCAACAACUGAAAGCGUUCACGAGGCAACAGCCCCGCGCGUGUCUGAGGGGCUUUGACCCAUUCGCAGGGGUGGGUGCCUUUGGACUCCCUAUGGAGGCGACCGGCUGCAUCAAGAUCACGCAUGCCAUCGAGAUAUCCCCCAGUGCUGCGGCGACAAUGCAGAAGAACUCCCCUCAUACUACAGUCUACAACCAGUGCUCUAAUAUCGUCUUGCGCUAUGCCGUCAAGUCCCGUGCAAAGCAGUGGGAAGGGUCACCUCCACUAGACAUUCAGGAAAGAGCCGCUCUUCCUGACCCUCCGAAACCGGGAGACAUAGAUUGUAUCGUCGCUGGUUUUCCUUGUCAGCCGCACUCCACUCUGAACAUGUUCCAGAAGGCGAACGAUAGAAAGUCGCAUCUACUCCUCAAUCUCCUCUCCUGGAUAGACUAUCUACAGCCAAAGUACUGCGUGUUUGAGAAUGUUCGAGGCUUCCUCAACUACAAUCUCAAUGCAUCUCAGGCUGGACGAUUCAGAAUGGUUGGCGGGAUCAAGAUGGGCGGGCUGAAGUUCUUCAUCCAUGCUCUAUUGACACUAGGCUAUCAAGUUCACUUCAGCCUUCUCCAAGCGGGUCAAUACGGGACGCCGCAGAGGAGGGUUAGAUUCUUCCUUCUAGCGUCCCAGAAGUCCUAUCCUCUGCCAUCGUUUCCUUUGCCCACGCAUGCUGUUCUCAAUCCUGAUGCUCUUUCCAUCCGCUUUCCGAAUGGUGUAGAGAUCAACCCCGUCCCUACAGGCGAUGGCACGGCUCCGUUCAGGGCCGUGUGCAUCCGUGACGCUAUAGAUGAUCUCGUGGCCUUUGACUGGAAGGACCCGGGGAAAAACGGCAUGAAGCCACGCAAGGGUGUCUUCUCGAUCGAAUGCGAUCCCAAGAAGCCGUACUGCGGCCCCCCAGGGGACUAUGCGCGUCCGCCAAAAAAUUCAUAUCAAAAGGCGUGUAGGACGAAGCCUACAACACAGUUGCAGCACUAUACGCGUGCAUUCAAGCAUGCCGUUGUCUCACGUAUCACCAAUGUGCCUCUUAAGAGCAGAGCAGACUACAGGUUCCUCCCCGACGAGCAUUCCGAGUGGCAGUUCAGGAAUCCGGCCUCCGCAACGGCCCGGUUGGGCUUCAAGCCAGGCAUGUACGGCCGCCUCGACGAGAAGGAAUGGUUCCACACGACGGUGACCAAUGUCGACCCGACUGCAAAGCAGAGCUACGUGCUCCAUCCCAAAUACCGUCGCAUCUUCACGAUCCGGGAACUGGCACGCUCGCAGGGGUUCCCGGACUGGUUCACGUUCAUCGCCCACGGCGAUCGCAUGAAAACUCUGCACAGGCAGAUUGGAAAUGCCGUGCCAUGGCAGGUCGGAGAGGCCCUGGGACGGGAGCUCGAGCGAGCUAUGUUCGAGAAGUGGAAGCAGGACAGGGACGACGCCAUCCACAUCGACGACGACUAG